CAGCCCAUUUAUAAUUUGUGGAUGUGAAAACAUGUACAUGUAUACCAUUUACAACAUAAUAAAUAAUUACAAACAAGACCGUAAUACACAGCAGGAUACUAAACCGAUGUGUACAUGCAACAUUCUCAAAACUGACUGUCCACAAAAAGUCGUUAACAGGCCACGGUGUUUGAAAAUGCAGGGUCUGUAAAACCAAUAAAUCCACAAAAAAGCCCCCAGUUUGGGAGAAAACUACACAAGCUGAGAAAAACUGGCAUCCCAACUCUCGGUAUCUCUGUGAAACUAAUCCAGUUUGCCCUGGCCUUGCUGAUCUUUUGGAAACCAAAGCCCUCCAGCCUACAGCUUCCCAGAUCUCUCUCAGUCAGGAACAUACAGCAGGGAAGACAACAGCUAAAAUCUCAAGAUAUCCCCAAUUCUCUCUUCUCCUUGCUGUUAAAGGCAUAUAAUACAGGACCGGGACAGCAGACCGAGGAUGUGCAGCGGUUGUGUCUCUCUGUAAGGUCAGAGAGAGAGCUAGCCAAGCUGGCCAGUGAGACUUGAAAGAAAAGCGUUCAGCUUUGUCCACCAGUUUAAUGAGCUCGGGGAAGUAGAAUGAACUCUUUGAAUGGUGCAGUAUGGGCCGGCCUCUCAAGAUAGAGGAAAACCGGCGAGGGCUACUACCGCCACUACUACUACUAGGGGAGGAGAAACACUCAUUGAUUUUUCUGUGUGAACUAUCGGAGAGGACGCUACGGCUUGGUUGAGUCAUUUUACAAAACUGACUCUGUGAGUGUGUGUGUGUGUGUGUGCUGCCGUGUGUACACAAUGUCAGUUGGAGAUACCACUCGGAGCUGGUCAUUGUUUUUUAUUCGCUAAAUGGAACUAAGAUGAAUAGCUGUAAUGACCAAUAACCGUGACCUCAAAACAGAUAUUUCUAUCGAUGCUAAACAGCAGAACGCUGGUGCGGAAACCAUUCCCUUGCAACAUGGUAACCAUGACGCAGCACUGAAUGCCUCCAAUGUGGUGACAGCGAUGAGGAAAUCUCGGCGGGUGUGGAUCGCAGGCCUGCCCCUCUGUCUCUUCUUCUACAUCGUCUUCUACUGCAACAGCGCCAUCUUAGACUCCCUCAGCAUCAACACGUCUCCUCUGGACAGUGUCAUCGUCGCUGGAGGUGGCGGUUUCAGGAAGCUGUUGGAGGAAAAAGCACGACUGGCAGAGAAGCGUCACUCAAACGGGACGCAACGCCGACUCCCACAAUGCAUCAUAAUCGGAGUGAGAAAAUGUGGGACGCGAGCACUCCUGGAGUUUUUGAAUCUCCAUCCUCGAAUUCAAGCUGCAGAUCAGGAAAUUCAUUUCUUUGACAACAAUACAAAAUACCACCUCGGGCUGGACUGGUACAUGAACAGCAUGCCUUCCUCCAGGCCAGAUCAAGUGACACUGGAGAAGACUCCGAAAUAUUUUGUGUCGCAUGUGGCGCCAUCUAGAAUAUGGCGGAUGAACAACUCUGUUAAGCUUGUGGUGUUGCUAAGACAUCCAACAACUAGGGUGAUUUCUGACUACACGCAAAUCUACUACAACAAGUUGGGAAAGAACGAAACAUUGGAAGAGUUUGAGAAACUCGUUCUCGACCCAUACACAGGGGAGAUAAACACGCAUUAUAAAGCCGUGCAAGUCAGUGUUUAUCACCAGCAUCUUUCUCGCUGGUUCAACAUCUUCUCUAAAGAUCAGGUGCAUAUUGUUGAUGGCGAUAAUCUCGUUACCGAUCCAGUUUCCGAAAUCAAGAAAGUUGAAAAGUUUCUCGGCUUGGACCACAGAAUCACGUAUGAUAGUGUGUAUUUCAACCAGACUCGGGGGUUCUACUGUUAUAGGGUGAACCGAACAAUGGAGCGGUGUCUGGGUGCAAGUAAGGGUCGGAAACAUCCAGAUAUAGAUCCGGUUGUUGUGAAAAAACUAAACAAAUUUUUUAAACCACAUAACGAACGUCUGUUCAGAAUGAUCAGCAGACAAUUUUCCUGGAGUUGAGAGUGAUUUUUUUUUUAUAUUAAUUUUUUUUUUAAAUAUGGAAUAUGUGCGAAAGAAUGUUAUUUAUGAGAAUUGUUUCUUGUUGUAAAACAGCAUGCUUCAAAGAACAAUGGAGAAUAUUCAGAAAAUGGAAUAUCUUGAAAUAAAAACUGUUGAGCAAGAUUACACAUUCUCUUGCCGUAACACAUGUGGACAUCUAUCACCCAUUGACCUUUUACACGUGGUUCCAUUCAGUUGCUUUAGAGUUAUUUCCCUUUGCAUCAUAAUUUUAAAACUUGGAAUUUCAGGAAUGUCUUGUUUAAAAUAACAAAUAAGAACAUUUGUAGGUUAUUAUAACUAAUUUACAAACUUUUACACUGUUUUACUUUUCUUUUCUCUCUCUACCUCUCUCUCUCUCUCUCUCUUUUUUGUAUGAAAUGUUGACUGCAAAAGUAAAAUACCCCCCGGUACUACUUUACCAAAGGGAAGUAACUAGAUUAUUUAAAAGUGAUUAUGUAAACUUGUUGUUAAAGAGUGAAGUGCCAUAUGGAACUCUUCUGUGAUGGAUUAUGAAUGGAACAAGAUACUGUGUAACAUAUUCUAUGAUCAGUAUUAUGCUAUUUGUAUGUGUGUACCGGUAUACACUGUCAAAUAUUUUGUUGUGGCUAUUUUUUGGCAUUUAUUUGGUUUUACACUUUUCAAUAAAAUUGAUAUUUUAUUGACUAAAGCCUUCAUGCAAGUAUAAUUUAAAAUCUAUGCUAUGUGAUAAAAACCAUCCAUGCUAUGAAUUACCUACCAUCUUUGAUUGGCAGUAGAGCAAUUUCUUCUUUUUUUUCAAUUAAAACCAGUACAUAUUUAUAAUAUAUGAAUUAUUUCCAAUGUAGUCAAUUGGUAGAAAAGAGCUAGAAAAACUAAUCUUGCACACAUCCCUAGACAAUAAUGCAAUCUUUUUAAUGGUUAAUAGUAGUCUUUUUAAAUAGAGAAGAAGAAAAAACAUAAAUGAUCCUAAAUGAUUCAUUAAAAACAUCUAAUUUUUUUGAGGGGGACGAAGGGUAUCAGAGGUUGUUUCCUGUAAACCAGCUGAUUAUUUUAGCAGUGGUUAAGUAGGGUUUAAUAUUUUUAAUACUACUGUCAGUGUCUGAAAUGUAUACUAAUGGCAUUCUAGUCUAACCCCAAAGUAACAUACUAGGGAUAAAAUAAUAUUUGUAACUGAAAUCAAGCCGUUAAGCAAUCACAGUUAUAACUCUGUCAUAUGCAUUUCUGUGUAACCAAAACAGAUUAAACAAAAUUCCACUGCCAAUUUAGUAAAAUAUUUUAUUGCAAGCAAUCUCUUCAACUAACCUAGCUUGUAAAUAAUAUUUACUGAAACAAAAUAAUGCAACUAAUUAGUACUUGCAUUUUUUUAGUUUUGGUUCAGUUACUAUAUUAUUGUAUAUUAUAUAUUUACUUCACAAUAAACACAAAUUGUAGACUUUUUUCUCCCUUACCACAUAAAAAUUCCUGACAGAGCUAGACCAAAUAGGGCCAGAUUUACAAAGACUGUUUUUGUCUUACAUGCGUGUAACUACAUACAUUUACAAUGCUUCAACACCGUUUUAACAUAAAACAUCUUCAUAAAUUCAACCCAUAGUCUUACAAUAUCAUGAUCCAGAAUAAAUGGUAUCUACAUACAUGCUAUAUAAUGAAUGAUGUUACAUUCAUCUCUGUAUCUCAAAUGAUUUUGAGCCCAUAAAACCCCCAUUAUUUACUAUGUUUUAUGCAUAUCCACAUUCAGAUAAUAAAUAACUUAUUACGCUGGCAUAGUGAUGAUUAACAUCUGUGAAACGUGUUUGAUAAUAUAUAUCCCCUGGCUCUUGUUUGGGUAAUGAAAUAGUUCACCACAAUUCAUGUCAUAUAUUUCAUAUACCACACACACACAUAUACAUGUAAUAUGUUUUAUUUAUAUACAGUGCAGUAAUCUUUAUUAAUAUACAUGUAUAGUAUUUAUAUCAUAGCUAACCUAAAACAGAUUAAACUGACAAGUCAUAUUUAUCUCAUAUAUGCUAUCAUACAUGUAUUUACACAUAAUUAACAUUCUGCAUUGAUCAUAAUCUGUUACCAUAGUGAUUCCUGAUUGAGUGCAUGCUAUUAUAGUUUUGUUGAUAUAUAACCACUGGGCUCUGUUUUGUGCAGAGCUGUUAUAUUUUAUAGAACUUUACUGACUUUCUUAAAAGCAUUAUGGUUGCAUUUACUUUUGGCAGAUUGUUUUGCAGUAUUUUUAAAAUAUCUUAAUUCUAUUACCAACUACCCCAUACCCCCCAGUUUUUUUUUUUUAAAUAAAUAUUUAAAAUGCAAAACCAAACUAAACAAAACCAAUCUUAUAUCCUUUAAUUGAGACAGUUGUAUUUUAAUUUAUGCUAAACUUUAAUUUAUGAUAGAUUUUAGUUUAUUAUAGUGUUACGGCUAUAACAAAUCUUCUUCUUUUUUUUUUUACAAUGACUGAUAAUUUUUCCAAUGUCUUGAAAAAAAAGAGAAAAAAAAGUAAGUAAUAUGUCUACAUGUAUUGCGUACUAUUAAGAUAUAUUAAGAUUGAAAAAGUGGGUCAAGUAGAAAAAAUUGUGGUCCUAUGGCAAACUAAUUUGAUAAGAAAAAUUUGAACUCUGCAGGAAUGUCCAAUUAGUUAUUUUUGUGCUUGCAUCAAAUUAAUGUUCAAGCAAGCUGUUCUUGGCACACCCUUCAGCUACCUUGACAAUAUGUCCAUGAUGGAGGUUACUUGUUAGUGUGUUUCUUUAUGUGUGUUAUCAAAGUUGGGAAAUAGAAAAUGGCUGUCUUGUAAAACCAACAAAAUAAAACUGGGUGUUGCCUUUGGAAAGGGAAUGAUUUUCAAAUCAGUUUUCUUUGAUUUCCAACAACAGCCAUGAUUCUUAUGACCUCAGUUAGGAUUUCUUAAUGGGUACAAGUGCAACAGUUACAUCACAUUAACUUUUAUUACACACAUUUAUUGAUGUAUCAUCUUGUUAUGUAAGCCAUUGGUAAUAUCAGCAGUGCUUGUGUAGGUACUAAACCUAACAGUAGACACAACAGCAUUUGGGUCAUGAAGCUAAUAACUGUAAUUGUAAGGCAAGCUUAUGAAUUCACAUUUCCAAAGUACUGUUUACUGUUUACGUUGAAUGCUGUCAGAACAAUAUUGUGUGGGAUUGGAAUGACUAGUUGCAACAGAUGUUUACGUUUAUUCACACUCGUAUUGAUGUUGGCGUUAUCUUAGCACACACAUGGCUAACACGUUUCCUUCCAUAUGCAUUAUGGAAAUGUACCUUGAAAUGAUUGCUUAAUGCAAUACCUUGUAGUUUAUUUUAUCAAGACCGAAGAAUAUCAGUAUGUCUAGUCACUUAUAUAUAUAUAUAUAAUUAUUUAUUAAAUAUUUUAUAUUUAGCAUAGCAUAUGUUCAUAAUUAUCAUCAUUCUUGUUUCAUUGUGGAUGAAAUAAUGUUCGCAACAUUCAACAACAGAUAGGUAUGUGGCUCACAAACUUUAAUGUAUUAUUAUCUUCUGUCACAGGUUUAUAAACCGUAUUAGGAAGAUUUAUUCGAUUUUUAAGUACGGUAUAUUGUUAUAUGCAGACCAUUUGUGUGGUGUAUUUUCUUCAACUUUCUGUUUAUAUCAUAACAGUUUUUGUUAUUAUAUGUAUUAUGUACAUACAGUGAAAUCUGUUUUACAACAAAGCUGGUUUCGAGACCACCCCUCUGUUUUAACUUCAUGUUUUAUAGACCUAGACAUAAUAAAUUCUGAUUAUCAGAAACCGUUAGUAAUGUUACAGUGAAAUGUGUUUUUAAGAUAUUACCUUUUUAUUUGAUAAAACUACUGCUCUUGUUACCACCAUAUUUUAAAGACUAGAUAAUUCCACUCAAUAAUGAGACCACCUUGAAAUUAACACCGGUGUUUAACAGUCCUGGUUGUCACUGUUCAUUUACAGUGUUUAAGAAUAUAAUGUGUGAAGUGGUAGUUACAUAUGCUGAACACCAAAAGAAGCACAAUCAAAAGUUUAAAGUUUGUUUUGUUUAAUGACACCACUAGAGCACAUUGAUUUAUUAA